AUGUCCUCCGACGAGGAGGGGGUUCGGCGCCCCGGCCGGGCUGCCGACAAUGAGAGCCCUGCACCUAGCAACAAUGCCAACGACUCGGGUGCCGAAAAUCAUACUGGCGCGGAUCACAUGGAUGAGGAUGAUAACGAUGACCUCUUCGGGUCAGACGGAGAAGGCGGUCUCGAGGACAUGGAGCCUAGUCGCAAUUUAGACGAUGAACAGCUCGAUUCUGGUGACGAUGAGAACCGCUACGAUCGGCGGGACGACCGCAUGGAGGAUGUCCAGGAAGAACAAUUAGAGGUCAACGUUGCCGAACAGGACCUCGCGCGCGCGCCAGUCCCGCUGACCAAUGAUGGAGAGGUUUAUGCAAUGCGUAUACCUGACUUCCUCUCGAUUGAAACCGAAGAGUUCAAUCCCGAGACCUACGUUCCACCCCCGUACAAUACCGCUGCCACCUCCCUCUGCUGGCGCAAGGAUCCCGCAGACGACUCUCAAUUGCAAUCAAACGCUCGCUUCAUCAAGUGGGAUGAUGGAUCGAUUACCCUUCAGCUCGCUUCUCAGCCCCUCGAGCAAUAUCGCGUCGCAUCCAAGCCUCUUGCGCCCCUCUCACGUUCCGGCGCUUACGAUCACAAGCUCGACUCGCACGUUUACCUCGCGGCUGGCUUGGAAACCUCCCAGGUGUUUCGACUUACUUCUCAUGUUACUCACGGCUUGACCGUACUCCCAACCACACUAGAGACAGACGAUGCCGUUGCUCGAUUGCAGGAGCAAUUGGCUGCUGCUGCUCGCGGUAGCAAGCAAACCGCUGCUGGCACUGCACCCAUUUAUGAUCAAAAAGAAGACCCCGAGCUGGCUAGCAGACGUGCUGAAGUCAUGGAGAAAGAGGCGAUCAAGGCUGAGCGUCGUCGCCAACAGCUUGCGGAGCGCGAGGCAGACCGUGGUCGCCGCCAAGGUGGCACUCGGUCUGGACCCAGUGGUCUCAGCGUUGGUGGGCUUGAAGAUGGUGGCUUGCACACCACCCGUCCCCGUGCCAAGCCUCGUCGCCAGAACCGCCGGGGCGAGAUCUUUACUGACGACGAAGAGGACUACUCUCGUGGCAAUGCUCGCACCAGAGAAGACGAGUAUGACGAGGAUGAUGGAUUUUUGGUCGGCAGUGAUGAGGAUGUUGAAGAGGGCGAUGAUGACGACGAAGAAGAGCUCGAGGAUGAAGAUAUGGAUGCUGAGGGUGAGGAUGACGAGGAGACUGCACCAAAGGCCCGCUCUAAGCCUGAGCCUAAAGCUCGGGCCGGCACACCACCUGCUCGCAAGAAGAAUCGUUAUGUGGUAGACGAUGAGGAUGAUGAGUGA